AUGUUUACCGUUGGACACUUGUCCUUCGGCCAAUGGAGAAACCCAAAAGACAGAGCCAAAGACAAGCGUCGGGAUCUCACAUACUGGACCGAUCUUGCUAAGCUACUCGACAAAGGAGGCUUUGUGGGCCUCUUCCUGGCCGACACUUUUGGGCCAUAUGAUACAUACAAGGGCAGCGCAGAGCCCUCAGUACGGACAGGCGCUCAAUGGCCAAUGGCUGAUCCGGUCAUCCCCGUUUCGGCGAUGGCUGCUGUGACCAAGAACUUAGGCUUUGCCAUCACAACCUCAACUUCGUAUGAACAAGCCUACGUUGUGGCGAAGCGGUUCAGUACUCUCGACCAUUUGACGAAAGGCCGCUUCGGUUGGAACAUUGUGACAAGUUGGAAGGAAUCAGCAUCUAAAGCACUGAAUAAAAAGGUUGGCUUGCCGUUGGUUGAGCAUGACACUCGCUACGCCAACGCCGACGAGUACUUGCGGCUUUUAUACAAACUUUGGGAAGGUUCUUGGUCGGACACAGCUUUGGUAGAGGAUGCCGAACAGGGCAUCUACUCCGACUAUUCUCAGAUUCGCCCAAUCCACCACCAUGGCAAAUUCCAUGUAGAUGCACCUUUUCUGACUGAUCCAUCCCCUCAACGAACCCCUGUACUAUUCCAAGCUGGAACGUCUCCCUUACCUCUAUUCCACAUAAGCGCGGGAAUCAAGUUUGGCUCAACCCAUGCAGAAGGCAUCUUUGUUGCUGGCCUCUCACCGCAUGUCGUGGCACCGAGGGUAAAGGCCAUCCGUGAAGGAGCGAUUGCAGCCGGCAGAGACCCACACUCCGUCAAAGUCUUUGCAAUGAUUACUCCUAUUAUUGGCAAAGAUGAGAAGGACGCCCAGAGCAAGUACGAAGAAGCUCUCAAAUACGUACUCAUCGAAGGUGGUCUCGCUCAAUUCUCGGCGUCCACAGGUAUCGAUGUCUCCCAGUUUGACUUGGACCACGAGCUCACUGAGAAGGAUGUCGCCAGCAACCUCCAGCGAAUUCACUCUUCGCUGUACAACCUCCGCUACCGUGGUGAAGAUGUACCUAAACUGACACCCCGUAACCUAGGCACAGUCGCAGCGAUUGGCGGAAACGGUGCGAUGCCUGUUGGAACAGCGUCUCAGGUCGCAGAUGUGUUUCAAGAGUGGGUUGAUAUUGCUGAUGUUGAUGGCUUUAACAUCGGCUAUGUAAUUACACCAGGCAGUUUUGAGGACGCUGUCGAGUAUCUCGUUCCUGAGCUCCGAAGCAGGGGUCUUUUGCCAGAGCCAAUCUCGGAGGAUGAUCCAGCGCCCACUUUUAGGGAGCAGAUUUAUGGGCUAGGUCAGAAGGGGUUGCGGUCAGAUCAUCCUGGCCACAAGUACAAGUACGACACUUAUGAAGAGACCGUUGCUAAAGAAGAGGCGGCGAAGGCUACAAUUGCGGAGCAGACGACAUGA